UUGAUUUAGUAUUUUUAUAAGCGAGGAGCGCUACAACGAAUCAGUUUCAGAGAAUCACCUCAAGCGAAAAGAUACUUGAACGAGAGUCAGCUGACCAUGGAAGUGAUAGAAUCAAAUCGCUACAUCAUUUACUGCACGACAGCAUUGGCUAUAUCCGUCGUUCUCUUCUACGCAUAUGCUAAAUACAAACUCUCCUACUGGAGCAGACGUGGGGUCAAAACACCACCAACGCAUUUCAUCUUCGGUAAUUUCAAGGAUUUAAUUCUUUUAAGAAAAGCACCUGCGGACUUGAUACGUGAGAUUUAUGAGAGUGCCGACCCAGAUGAUCCUUACAUCGGUUUCUACAUUUUUCAUAAACCCAUGUUACUUUUACGGAGUCAUGAUCUUAUUAAGCAAAUAAUGGUCAGGCAUUUCGAUGUUUUUCCAAACCGGCGAUUCGGCUCAUUUGAUGGCUCUGAUACCAUGGAUUUAUAUAAUCUUCUUGCUGUUACGUCACAAUCAGUAUGGAAGUAUUUGAGAGCGAAAUUGACUCCGGCCUUGACCGGACAGAAAUUGAAAGCUAUGAUGCCAUUAGUGAGAGAAUGUACGGAACCUAUGCUAAAAUAUAUCGAUGGAUUACCAGCGGAUCAAAAUGGCUGGAAAACGCAGGAUACGCUGGAAAUUACAUCUUGUCACAUCAACAACGUUCUCGCCUCUGUGAUAUAUGGCAUCAACGUAAAUGCAUUCGAAACGAAGGAUCGUGGAUUUUUUGAAGCAGCUCUACAGGUUUUCAGAGGCUGUACACGUAGCAUAGUGUUCAUAGUUUAUUUCUUCUUUCCCGAUUUGAUUCCCAUAAUCAAGCCGUUCUCUACAUGGCCUGUGAAAUAUUUCCGUAAAUGUUGGAACGAAAGCAUAAAAUAUAGAGAAGAAAUGGGAAAUAAAAGAGGAGAUUUGGUGGAUUUUUUGAUAAUGCUUAAAAAUGGAGAACAAAAUCCUAUUUUUAAAUUCGAAGGUGACAACUUGCUGGCGCAAGUAAUGGCUUUCCACAUUGCUGGAUUUGAAUCGACUGGGACCGCGUCUGCGUGGACUAUUUACGAGUUGGCGCGUAAACCAGAAUAUCAAGAUAUUUUAUAUGAGGAAAUAAAGAACCACCUAUCAGGAAAAGAAAUAACUAUGGAAUUGAUUAACGAGAUGUCCUUUUUGGAUUGUAUUGUGAACGAAGCAAUGAGAUUGCAUCCUCCCCUACCGGUCACUGACAGGACAGCUAUAAAAGACUUCGUGGUGCCGGAGACUGGGUUAGUAAUUGAGAAAGGUGUCUCGAUAUACGUCUCUAUAAAUUCAACGAAUCAAGAUCCUAAAUACUUCGACGAUCCCUACAAAUUUAUUCCAUUAAGAGAGAAAACAGAAAACAAAAAAUUCUACGAAUCAUUGGCGUUCGGCAUUGGACCACGAUCAUGCAUAGGACAAAGACUGGCUAUAUUAAUAAUGAAAAUUACGUUAAUCACACUUAUUUCGAAUUAUUCUCUCGUUUGUGAAAAUAAAAAUAUGAGAAAAGAAGUCGCCGUUCAUUUGUUUAAAUAUGCAGUUGAUAAUUUCAAUGUGAAACUCAAGAAACGCGAACAAGAAUUGUGAAAGAGAAUAUGCCGAAAAAAAAGAAAGAAAAAAGAACGCGUUAAUUGAAAUUAGUGUCGACAUUUUGUACAAGUGUAUCGUGUUAGUAAGUGCUAAAUUAUAUUUGAAAUUAUAUUUUUAUACGUAUAGUCAGGUAGGAUCUGUGCUUAGAGAUGUUUAAAAAAGCCAUGUAAUGUCGACUACAAUCAAAUAAAUUUAUUAAUAAGA